ACCAUGUCAUCAGACGACGAAAGCCAAACCGAGCAUGAGGAUGGCCUGCCGCAGGGCCUGAAGAAGAGACGUGUUCAGAGGGCUUGUGACACAUGUCGGAGAAAGAAAGUUCGCUGCGAUGGAGGGUCAAUGCCAAAUAACCGAUGUACGAACUGUAUCACGUAUAACCAAGAGUGCUCGUAUGUCGAGGCGGCGAAGAAACGAGGGCCCCCGAAAGGCUAUGUCGAAGGCCUCGAGAACAGAGUGGUCAAAAUGGAGAAGCUACUCCUGAAGCUCUGUCCUGAUGGCGAUAUAUUCGAAGAGCUUGGCGGCUCGUUUGACAAGGACGCUUGGCUCACGAAUCGCGGUCCCACAAAGAAAGUUGCGGGCCCCUCUGUCGCCUGCAGCGAAAGCCAAAGGCGAGCCCCGCAACCCAAGCUGCCUCCCGUUGACGCAGACGAUCUGGACACCAGUGACGACGAGCUGACGAAGACGACUACGCUCGAGAGUCGCAUGGGAGAUGUUACGAUUGAUCCCAUACAUCCGCGCUUCUUCGGCAAGUCGAGCAGCGUAAUGUUCCUACAGACGGCCAUGGCUCUCAAGCAGACCUAUUCCGGUAGCGAACCUGCUCGUGCGCCCGACGGGCGCAGAAGGAUAGCGCCUUGCAAACGUCCUGAGUACUGGCGUGCGCACUCGUGGGUUAUGGAAUCCCUUGAAAACCCGAAAGCGCAUACAAACUUCCCGCCCAAAGAUCUCAUGACCCACCUUAUCGACCGAUACUUUGCGCGAAUGAACGUGCAAAUCCCGUUGCUGCACCGGCCGACGUUCGAGAAAGGCAUCGUUGACAGCCUGCACCGGCGCGACGAGGGCUUCGGUUCGACGGUGCUCCUCGUAUGCGCGCUCGGUGCGCGCUGGUCAGAUGACCCGCGCGUGAUUCUACCUGGCACGGGCAGCGGACAUUCGGCGGGCUGGGAAUGGUUCCGGCAGGUGCAGUGGGUCCGGAGGUCGCUUCUGUCUCCGCCGAGGCUGUACGACCUGCAGAUCUGUUGCCUAACUUCCAUGUUCUUGCAUGGCUCGUCGACGCCGCAGUCGUCGUGGACGGUCAUUGGGACGGGCAUUCGGCUUGCGCAGGAUGUCGGCGCCCACCGCCGCAAGGUGUACAACUCCAACAAGAGGACUGUGGAGGACGAGUUGUGGAAGCGAGCAUUCUGGGUUCUGGUGACUCUGGAUCGCUUCAUUAGCUCUGCGCUUGGUCGUCCUUGCGCUAUACACGACGAAGACUUUGAUCUGGAAAUGCCUAUCGAGUGCGACGACGAGUACUGGAUACAUGCCGAUCCCGAGCAAGCCUUCAAGCAGCCGCCUGGGAAGCCGUCGAAGAUAUCAGCUUUCAACUGCCUGCUGCGCCUGAACCAAAUUCUUGCUUUUUCGCUUCGCACAAUAUACUCCAUUAAUAAAUCGAAGGUGAUGUUGGGCUUUGUCGGCCCCCAGUGGGAGCAACACAUUGUCGCUGAGCUCGAUUCAGCGCUGAACAAAUGGAUUGACUCGGUGCCAAACCACUUGCGCUGGGACCCGAACCUCGAAGACAAGGAGUUCUUUACGCAGUCGGCCUUUCUGUACGCGGCAUACUAUCACCUGCAGAUCGCGGUGCAUCGGCCGUUCAUACCAUCCCCGCGGAAGCCUUCGGCGCUAUCGUUCCCAUCGCUGGCUAUCUGCACGAACGCGGCGCGAUCAUGCAUCCAUGUACUGGAUGUGCAGUUCAAGCGUGACGGGUACCCGCCAGUAAACAGCAUGAUGGGAGUCUUCUCGUCGACGAUUGUGCUCCUGCUGAGUAUCUGGGGCGGAAAGAAAGCGGGCCUCGCGAUCGACUACGAGAAGGGCAUGGAGGACGUGCACAAGGCGAUGGGGAUGCUGAAAGCGCUGGAGGUGAAGUGGCACACCGCGGGGCGUAUCUGGGACAUCUUGUACGAACUCGCAAGUGCUGGAGAACUACCGCUGCCAGAUGCGAGUUCUCCGGCGAGCAACAAGCGGGACCGCGACUCUGAUGAUGUGCACAACUCUCCGGAGAGUAGCGCAUCGCUUGAUACGGGCUCUGAUGAGCCACGACACAUCGCUGGUUCGAAACGCGCCUCGAGCCGACUCUAUCAGCAGCAACAGCAACAAGUGCCGUCGCCGUUCGCGUCUACGGCGAGUGCAGGCGCACCCCCACUCCCGAACUCCACGGACAUGGACAUCGCAAGCGGAAACCUUGGGCAGACGACCAACGCGUCUUUGGCCGGAUUCCCGCCCGUGCUCGGAAGCUGGUACGGCUACGACACUGCAGACUCUGCUGGUGUGUUCGCCAGCACCGGCACCAACGGCGAUGCCUCUGCGCAGCAAGUGCCCACGCGGGCGAACUCACAGUUUGGGCUUGGACAGAUGUUCACGGCGCAGAGCAUGAUGUACGACCAGGUGCUGUCGAACUUGUCCGCGUCACUGUCCGAGGCGCCCGCCGGCGCGAGCCAGGCACCAACGCAGACACAGCCGCUAUACGCGCCGCAGCAGCAACAGCAGCCCCCGCCGGAGAACUGUGCGACGCCAGACAACUUCACGGACCUGCUGGCAUCAUUCGGAGAAAACUUUGGGGCGAUUUUUCCGGACUUUAACGAUGGCACGCUCAACUUUUCGACGUGGUCGAAUGUGCCUCAAGGCUUUGUCGCGGACGACUGGAAUACGUAUGUUGCUGCAUUUGGUGGCAUGCCUCAGCAACAACAGUAAAUUUCAUCCCGAGUCACUUCAUUUCUUGAAUAGUUCUCUGUAUUAUUACGCUCUGCUCGGUAGGAGCAUCGCCGUACGCGAUAUUCGCUGUACAAUGGCCGGCCGAUAACAGCAUCCCCUUUCUAUUCCAACCAG